AUAUUGAUUUUGCCAAUCAAGUUUCAGGAAGGGAAGGGCGAAUGGGGUCACGAUUGCGUUGACGGACGUACAUCCCAACUACAAAUAACGGACCAAGCUACCAGUAUUUCCUUCAGUCAUGUCUCGCCAUGUCGUAUUACUUCCGAUGUAGGCUUUACUCCUGUUUCUGAGGCUGAGCUCCCAGAAGCUCCAGCAGCAGCUGAAACCUCUGAACGCCAACUUGUGACUCUGGUGCUCUACAAUGGGGCAGUUUUCUCAAGUGUCGAAUCGGUUGUAAAUGCCAUACAGGCUCUCUUUUUGACCCAAUGGGAGGCGAUGGUCCUCUCGGCAGACCGGAAAAGUUGUUUGGAUCAUCAGCAGCCGCAAUCAUCGCAACAAUUGGCUCUGGAACCUAAUGGUGCUUUUAUUGACUCACCUCGAAUGUCUGUAUCAGAACAAACAGCUGUAUGCAGCGCUAGUGGUGGUGACACCGAUCCCGUCCCUAUAACUGGUUUCGAUUUUACAUCCCCUUCUACUUUAUCUUCCGAACCGCUUUCAGAUUAUCUGAUUGCGGCUGUAAGACCAUCAAAGACCCUUUCUGAUUUGUCGAUUAAUGCUGCUGUUGCUGACACUUUUAUUACAGCAUGCAGCGAGUCUGAGGCUGAGCAUAAACCUCAUAAUCAGUUGAGCAACUUCGUGAUAGGGCCGGAUAAACCGGUCUUCCGUCCGGUUUGCAAUGAUCCAAAGGUAAGGCAUAAUUUUUCUCCGCUAUCUUUAUAA